AUGCUGAGGCAGCUAUGGCAGCAGCUGCAAUGUAUUACUUUAUUCUCGAGUGUAUACUUGGUGGCCUUGGCCGUGUUUUUAGCAGUGUUUUUCGUGUCACACAAAUUUAAAAAACGAACAUUCUCUAAUGUUCCUCCCGGUCCGAAACCCUGGCCUUUGAUUGGCAAUUUUGGACAGUUUCUUAUCCCAAGUUUUGUUUUGAAACGGCGCGGGGGUCGUACUGAAAAACGCGAACCAAGGAAAUCCGUUUUUGUAUCCCCACAAGUUUUUCUAACGGAACUGUCGAAAAAGUAUGGCAGUAUCUACAGCCUUUUUAUUGGUAAUCAACUGAUAGUUAUAUUGACAGGCUACGAAGUCGUCAAGGACGCCCUCUCAAAUCGAGCCGACGUAUUUUCUGACCGACCUGAUGUUCCCGUCGUAACUAUUAUGACAAAGCGGAAAGGUAUAGUGUUUGCCCCCUAUGGUCCCGUGUGGAGACAGCAGCGAAAGUUCUGCCAUGCAACUUUACGGAGUUUUGGGCUGGGCCGGCUGAGCCUAGAGCCCCGCAUCCUGGAGGAGCUGGCAGUAGUGAAGAAUGAGCUGCUGAGAAUCCACGCAGAGGGAGAGGGGAUGCCCGUUGACCUGACACCGCUCGUCAGCAACGCGGUGUCUAAUGUGAUCUCCUCCAUUAGCCUCGGUCAGCGUUUCCACCACGGGGAUUCCCAGUUCCGCUCGCUGCUGGAGCUCAUGUCCAGGGGCCUGGAGCUCUGCAUCAACAGCCCGGCCAUCCUCAUCAACGUCUUCCCCUGGCUGUACUACCUGCCCUUCGGUCCCUUCAGGGAAAUCCGGCAGGUGGAGAGGGACAUCACGGUCUUCCUGAAGGAAAUUAUCGUCCAGCACAGGUCCAGUUUGGACCCGGACAGCCCCCGUGACCUUAUCGACAUGUACCUGGUGGAGACGGCCCAGCAGCAACAGAGCGUAGGGGCGGGGGAAACCAGCUUCUCGGAGGAUUAUCUCUUCUACAUCAUUGGCGAUCUCUUCAUCGCCGGAACUGACACCACCACCAAUACUGUGCUCUGGAUGCUGCUGUACAUGAGCGUAUAUCCAGACAUUCAAGAGAAGGUUCAGGCUGAGAUUGAUUCAGUUGUGGGGACAGACAGGGUCCCCUCGCUGACAGACAAGGCUAGCUGUCCUUUUACUGAAGCCACUAUUAUGGAGGUCCAGAGGAUGACUUCAGUUGUUCCCCUGGCAAUACCUCACAUGGCCUCAGAGACCACAGUGUUUCGAGGAUACACAAUCCCCAAGGGAACUGUGAUUAUCCCAAACCUCUGGUCUGUCCAUCGAGAUCCGACUGUGUGGGAAAACCCAGACGACUUCAAUCCCGCCAGGUUCCUGGACAAAAAUGGACAAGUUCUGAGAAAAGAAUUUUUCAUUCCAUUCGGAAUAGGCCGCAGGCUGUGCAUGGGCGAGCAGCUGGCUAAGAUGGAGCUCUUCCUGAUGUUCUCGAAUCUGAUGCAGGCUUUCACCUUCAGGCUCCCGGACGGCUUGCCACCACCCUCCAUGGACGGGCGAUUUGGACUUACACUGGCACCUUGCCCUUACACUGUCCAUGUGACUCCUCGUCGCUGAGACCUUGUGACUGCUGUUAGUUACGGCAGUAUAUAAUUAUAUUAUUAUUAUUAUUAUUAUUAUUAUUAUUAUUAUUAUUAUUAGCACUUCUAGAAGUAUUGGUACAUGGUUGCAAUUGCCACAAACUAGAAAUCAAUCAACAUUACACUUGCACCUUACCCUUGGAAAAAAAAAGUAUUUUCGCUACUUUGAACAUUGUUACAAAUUUAUCAAAACUAGACUUUUCAUAGCAGUAAUUCAUGUGACACUGCUGCCAAUUUUGACCUGCACCGACUUAUUUAUGAUAGAUAUGAUUUUCAAGUUGUGUUUUCACAUAAUCUUGUAGCAAACUUACUUUCUGGGCUGGUCCGUGGGUUAUUCUGUGAAUACCGAUGGCUUAUCUGGGAAGUGAUAUAACGUGUAGUGGACCAAACCGGGGGACUUUGUAGCAAGCAGGAAGUUACGGAGUGAAAUCAGACAGGAAAGUAUCAUAUUGACAAGUGGUAUGAGUAGUGGCCCUGUCAGAUGAACUUUCUCCAGAAAUUCUGAUAUGGUCCAGGUGACCAGACUGAAAUAUUCAGAUUUACCAUAAGACUGUGGGUCUAUAAGACUUUCAGUUUGGUUUGGUAUUCUUGCACUUUAAAGCUGUGUGAUUGUGAUAUUUUUUUAAAGAUUGUUGCAAUCACUCUGAAUGACUGUUUGACUGAUGACUCCUAAGGCUCAUUGUUUUCAGUUUAUACCAAUUUUACCGCAGGACGGCUUGGAACAAGCUUCCAGAAGUAGAAAAUGGAGAGAAAAAUUAGGAGAGCUCAAAUGAGCUGCUGAAUAUGUGUUGAAAAGCACUACAUUUUCAGUGUUUGGAAUUAAAAUCAAAAUUUCACCCUGAUCUUGGUGUUGUUAUUUUUGUGAUAUGACUUUCUCCUGAAUUUUUGCAUUAGGCUAUUUUUUCAACUGAUUUUCAUCCAUUUUUUAAUAUAUAAAAUAAACUGCUAAAUUCUUAUAUUUAUUUAUUUUAUGUUUUUUGAAAAAACAAUGAGCCUUAAUGGCACCUUAGACCACCUCAAGACUGAAACUUAAAUGUGUUUGGGUUAACAGGCUUUAGUGAAACCAUUGCUGUUUCAUUUAGAAUUCUGUUCCACUUUGAAUGUGCUCAGGGAAAGUGGUAUUGUUAUCAAUUAAGAUUAAUUGAAAUAUUAAGUAAUAUUUCAUUCUCAGAUGCUUUUGUUUCUUAAUGUACUUUAAUAUAUUUUGGCUUUACUGUUAAGUUCAGCCAGAUUUGCUAUUGAGUGAAGUAAUGAUCUGCCUCUCUACCAAGUUCUAGAACUGCUUUUUCUUACCUAAGGCCGUAGCUUUUAAUAAAGUGUUGCCCACUUGACUACCAGUUCAAUGAUUGGUCAUUUUACUAUGACAUUAAAAUUUUGAAUAUUUAGAAAAUUAAACAAUUAAUUUAAAACA